AUGAGUUCGAGGAUUCAACGUUUAGGUCCUAGGCUUCCGAAUUUGUUGUCCGACGACUUGGGAAGCAUUUUAGAACAAUGGCAAGAUACUGAGGAUGACUUAGAUUUCUCAGACAACGAUGAUGUAGCUGAUCCAUUGUACGUAUUGGAGAUGCAGUCAAUCAUUAAUAAAGGGAAAACUUUAUAUGAAAAUAGAUACCUUCUUAUAUUAAGGGAUGUCUCAAUAAAUGAUUUUACAUGUGUAAAAGGUUUUUCUAAAGCAGCAAUGAGAAAAACACAGUAUGAGGUAAAUAUUAAAUCAUACAAAAAUGGUAUAUCAGAGGAGACUAAUUGUGAAUGUACAGCCGGAUCUGAAGUUAAUUCACAGUGCAAGCAUGUUGCUACUGUAUUGUUUGGCACAGUUGAUAUGAUUGAACAUAAAACUGUAGUAUUAGAGGAAGUGUCCACCCAAAGGCUACAGAGCUUUCACCAGCCUCCUCUUGCACCUCUGAAAGCAAAGAAUUUACCUUUUAGAUAUAGAACAUUAUUUAGCAUCUUUGGAAGGUGCGUUGUUGUCGCGGAAGAUGACGCGGAGAAGUCUGAUGAAGAGGAGGAAAAUGUGCCUGAAAGUUACGACGGAGAUGAUUUACUGAAUAUAUUAGAAAGCAAUGAGGAGGACACAGAAAACUCACAAAACCAAGAAAGUGACCCUUCUUUGAUUAAAAUUGAGGCAAUAGACAACCAGGUUGUAGACAAUAGUGUCCCUAGAGUACAUAUAUUUUCAGGAUUUUUAGAUAAAUGA